AUGACCGAGUAUUUUUUAACCAUAAGGGGUUAUCAACUAUCUGCAAUGUCUACCUAUUCGUAUCUAUUGGAUUGGUUGUUGUACAGUUCUACGAUUGCCGUAUUACUUUCAUAUGGUGCUCUAGUAUCACCGAAGUAUCACGAAUUUCUGUUGCAUGAUAUCACAUUAAUGAGCUCACAUAAGUCAGAGGACGAGACCACUAUUUCGAUCACGAUGUUAAUCCUAAUAUCCGUAAUAACACCAAUCUUGUCUGCAUUUUUUCCAAUUAUCGAAAAGACGAAGUUAGCACCCCAACGAAGAGCUUGGGAUGUUAUUAUUGGAUUAUUGGUUCUUUGUGGUAGUAUGGCUACACAAUUGAGCAUAGUCAAUUUGUUAAAGAAUGUUUGUGGAUUGCCUCGACCAGACAUACUUUCGAGAUGUUUUCCCGAUGGAAUCAAUAGCACUUUAAUAGAGCCUCCACCUGGUAGACUUGCGACUAUCGAUAUCUGUUCAAAUCCAAACUUAAUGGAGCUAAAAGAUGGAUUCAGAUCCUUCCCCAGUGGACAUCUGUCUACAGUAUUUUGUGGAAUGGUUCUUACAAGCCUCAACCUCUGUGGCAAGUUGCAGGUAUUCGAUAACAGAGGAUUUUCAUUAAAGAUAGUUUCUGCAAUUAUACCAUUGAUUAUUGCAACUUUUGUUUCUUGUACAAGAAUCAGCGAUAACAGACAUUUUCUGAGAGACAUUAUUGCUGGUGGGAUUAUAGGCAGUGCAAUUGCAAUUUGGUUCUAUUUACAAUACUUCCCCAGUAUUUUCAAUUUAGAAAAUUGUGGUAGAGCGUAUCCACCGAGAAGGUUUGGAGUUUCUAGUCAUUUUAACCAUGUUGGAGGGUUCUGGAAGAUUGAAGACAACACGGAAGGUUCAUUUUCCGAAAGGCAUUUGGUGGAUUAA